CUUUGAUAUAAGAUUUGCAGUACGAUUUUUCUUUAGAUGUUUGAUGCCAAGAAUAUGAUGGCGGCCUGUGAUCCCCGCCAUGGAAAAUACCUGACAGUUGCUGCCAUGUUCCGAGGAAGAAUGAGUAUGAAAGAGGUUGAUGAGCAGAUGUGGAAUGUCCAGAAUAAAAACAGCAGUUAUUUUGUGGAAUGGAUUCCUAAUAACGUAAAAUUGGCUGUCUGUGAUAUACCACCUCGUGGACUCAAGAUGUCGGCCACUUUCAUUGGUAAUUCCACGGCUAUCCAGGAGAUUUUCAAGAGAAUAGGGGAGCAAUUCACAGCCAUGUUCCGUCGCAAGGCUUUCUUGCACUGGUACACUGGAGAGGGGAUGGACGAGAUGGAGUUUACUGAAGCGGAGUCCAAUAUGAACGACUUAGUAUCUGAAUAUCAACAGUACCAAGAAGCCACUGUUGAUGAUGAAGGUGAAUUUGAUGAAGAAGAGCCUUUAGAAGAAGCCGAUUGAUGUACCAAUUUUUAAUGCCUACAAAACCUGUAGUAUAAUACUUCAUACUUAGGUUUUGUUAUUAGAAGCUUUUUUUGUAUCACUGCAUGAUUGUUUUGAAUUGCUCAUGGUAUUUUUUUCUUUUUGUGUACAGCUAAUAUUAGAUGUUUCUUUUGUACUAAAGAUUAUGUACAAUCAAAAUUCUGUAAGAUAAAGGAUUGUAAAUUGUAUUAGAGUUAAUCUCAAUUAUGACCUAAAAAAGCAGUAAGCAACUAUUCAUUUCUAAGUGCUAAUUAAAAGAAAUUGAAAUUAUUUAAUGUCAAUUUUGAUCUGUAUCUUCAUAGGAUAUAUUCCUAAAAUUAUAUUAAAAGAAUUUGAUUUUAGUGAA